GCAGAGGGAGGAGGUGUCGGCAGGGCGGACCGAGCUACAUUAUUGACGUUAUUCCAGACUGUGUGCAGGGAUAUCGCCUGUUACAACAACAGAAACACGACAAAGCAAAGGAUGGGAAGGAGUAGCCGCAGUGGAUUUUACGCUGAAAGCCUGGCUGUCCCCACCAACCCGCGACUUUUGCUUUUCAGCAGUUUAUUCAGAAGCGACUAGCUCGGGGAAAGUAAGCAAGCUAGCAUCCAAGGCUAGCUUAGCAGCGAGGCUAGCUUGCUGCCUUAUUGUGGCCCGUCACCAACCUGCCAGCUAGCAUCCGUCGUAUGCACAGAAAGAGAAAAUGCAUUCAUUGCAUCACAGAUCCCAAACACACAACUGCAGUUAUAUGAAGGGGCCUGAAUGUAUAGGAUCAGAGAUAACGGUUUACCUGUUGAAUCCUAUAGAGAACCUGAGAAAUUACAUCAACAACCGUCCACCUUUGGUCAUAUUUAUGGUCAGCGUCAGUGCUGUGGCCAUCGCCUUCCUGACCAUUGGCUAUUUCUUCAAGAUAAAGGAGAUCAAGUCCCCAGAGUUGACUGAGGACUGGAACACCUUUUUGCUGCGCUUCAACGAGCUGGACCUCUGCGUGUCGGAGAAUGAAACGCUGAAGCACGGCCUGAAUGAGUCAACCACGCCCGAGAGCAUGGUGGUGACCAGCGGCCAGGCUCGCUCCAGCACCCAGGCUCCUCUGCUGCUGGAGGACUCGGGUCCCAUCAACAUCUCAGUCCUCAUCACCCUCACACUGGACCCCCAGCGGCCAUUUGGGGGAUACUCUCGCAAUAUCACCCACCUGUAUGCCACCGUCCUGGGGCAGCAAGUUGGUCUGACAGGCCGGGAAGCCCAUGAGGAAAUGAACAUCACAUUCACCCUGCCUGUCUCCUGGAACUCUGAUGACUGUGUGCUGCACGGCCACUGUGAGCAGGUGGUGUUCAGUACUUGUAUGACCAUCACGGCAGCCAGCAAUAUCUUCCCUGUCACAGUGCAGCCACCCCACUGCGUGCCCGAGACAUACACCAAUGCCACAUCUUGGUACAAGCUGUUCACCACGGCCCGCGACUCAGAUACCAAGUACAGUCAGGACUACAACCCCUUCUGGUGUUACAAAGGAGCCAUCGGCAAGGUGUACCACGCACUCAACCCAAAGCUUACUGUCAUCGUUCCUGAUGACGACCGCUCCCUCAUCAACCUGCACCUGAUGCAUACUAGCUACUUCCUGUUCGUCAUGGUCAUCACUAUGUUCUGCUAUGCAGUCAUCAAGGGUCGACCCGGCAAAGUACGGCAAGCCAACCCUGACUUCUGCCCUGAGAAGGUGGCGUUGUCCGAGGGUUAAAAAGACAUCAAGAGUUUUGUCAGGACUUAACUGUAACAUGGACAAACUCGAAGAAAUAAAAAUAUACAUACCAGUUGCCUAGUGAACCCCGGAAAUACAAUAAGGGACACAAAAGCUCUGUGAAUGCAUUUUUCUUGCAAUGUUGGGUUUCUCCAACCAAAGAUAUAUAAGUGCCUGUAUCUACGGUGUAAAUAUUUGUAGGAACUCUGAUAUUCUCUCUCUCUCUCUUUUUUUUUUUUUUUUUUUUGCCUGAGUCCCUUUGUGCCAUCUCAGAACAUGCAGUAUAUCGGCAGAGCAGAAGGCCAGAUCCAAGAACUACACACCCACUUUGCCAGCAGUCAGUCACUGGGCCUCAUUUACCAAGCAAGAGACAAAUAAGUUGCUUUUAAAAACCACAGAACAAAAAAAAAAAAAAAAAAAAAAAAAAAAAAGGUUCUGAAUCUAAAAUCGGCCUGUGAAUGUCGGAGUAUCUUCAAAUGAAUCCCUGGGUCACGUUGCUGACGUUGGAUUGGGCUAACUGCGAGUCGUUUAUAAGUAAAUCUUAUCCACACAUUUGUCAUUGCAGUCUUAACGGAGGAGAAAUGAAUGUAGCACCGUUCAGCAGUGUAAUGAGAGUUGUCAUUAUUUAGUCCUUACAUUAAGUUUCUUGAAAGGUAGUUCUCUGUGGUUUACCUUUAUAGUCAUGUUCCCUUCUCUAAUUCUUUCUUAACCAAAUUUGAGCAGAGAAGGUGGUGUAAUUUAAAGUUUUUAUGAUCAUAGAAGGUGUUAAUAGAGUACAUAGUAGUACAGUAGUGUACAGUAGGCCUUGUGUUACCAGCGCUGUUGAAAAUCAGUCUUGGUUCUUAACUUAGGCUUUAGGCCACAGAGGUUGCACGUUAUUCUCAUUAACGCAGCAUUAACCAUAAAUACCUGCUGGUUUAACAGUCUGCGCACCAGCAGUGUCCGCUGUUCAGGCGCAAGUGCUCCUCUGGUGAAUUCAUCAAGGAAACAGGAGCGCACAUAAUAACACUAAAGAUUCAUCACAGGUGUAUCUGCAACAUUAUUAAAAGUGAAGUGAAGUUUCAGCAUGCCUGUACUGUGCACAUAAUGUAAGAGCAGUGAACCGGCAGAUAAAUGAGGCCCAUUGUCUUGGUUCCAUCCUGUAGGGUUUCAGAGCAGGCCCGUCUUACAGGCAGCCCAGUCAGCCCUGUGUGUGUUCCUGUGGUGUGUUGACUUUUUUUUCCACCCUCUUUCUUCUUGUUUUCUCCUCGAGACAAGUGGAUGUCGUCACACUGAAAACAUGGUUUCUGCCUUUUAGUACCCUCUGUGUCUUGAUCACUCACCUGCCACUUUGUUCCUGCUGCCAGUCGCCCUGCAGCAGUUUUAUUUUUAUUUUUCCAUGGCUUCUACAUUCAUGUGAUGUUCCCGAUGAUCUUCGUCUUUGCACCUGGAUGAAGCAAGACGUCAUCUUGCCUUCCCUGUGAUGGACUUGCUUAUUGAAAAAUAGGUGGGAAAGAGGUUUCUCAUUUACUUUAACUGGCCAGUCCUUUUUCUUCCGCAGCCAUCCUAUUCAUUUUCUCUCUUCCAGUAUGAUUAGCCUGUGGCUUGAAAUCAAACUUGUGAUUUUCUUGUCGUAAAUGAUGUUGUAAAUGUCCAAUGGUUCUUGAGUUAUCGAAUUUAAAGAUGCGUUUGGAUCACUUCUGCUCUUAUUUUAAGCAAAUCAAUACCAAUUGCACGUGCUCAAGUAUUUGUAUAGUCCUACUCCUAUGAGUUGGUGCACCUUCUCUUGCACAUUUUGUGCAAUUAUUUGGAUUUUUUUUUUUUUUUGUCUGAGAUUUACUGCUGAAGUAAAGCAGUUCUAUUUUUAAAUGGGUAAUGGUGUAAAAUUUAAAUCUAAAAAAAGUGAAAAUACCCACCUCCCUUGUGUCAGUUUGACGAAAUAAAAUACACAAGUAAUUUUCUUAAAAUAUUUAGUACAACAAAAUGUGCAAAACUCAUUUGGUGUUCAGACUGUGUGUGCGAGGGAGAUGCAGGCACACACGUUUGGGAAAUGUUAGGAUGAAUAAAGGCAGCCUUAGACUGCAGUUUUGUGAAACUCUAAGACUCCAAACACUAAGCAUCUCUUAGUGAAAUGAUGCUUGUAAGUGCAACAGGAUUGCAUCUGUAUAAUGUGAAAACUGGAUUGAUUUGGCUGGGCACAAAAAUUAAAUUAGCUUACCUCCCCGAACACGGUCCCUGCAAAAGUUUGCACAUUUUCACAUGAAUUGCUCUCAUUUCAGUUGCGCUCAUUCUUACUUGUCUGAUGAUGGCAUGGUUUAGGAUUAGAGAACAUGGUUGAUUCUGACAAUCAUAUGUUCCACGUUAACAUCUGACCAUACACCAGCUCAUCCUGCAUCACCUUACAGUGGAGACCAAAAAAGUAUUGGGUAUUAAAAAUGUGGUAUUCUAAUUUGAUUCAGUAAAGACUUGAUCGCUGGGUGGUCUUGUCAGAAUCUGUAGAUAUUGUCAUCUAGAUGCAAAGCUAA